AUGGCGCAGCCCAACCUUCUCCUCGAUGAUAUCAUCAAUGGCACCAGACUAAAUGAUCACCUACCUCUGAAUAGGCUGGAUGACGGAACCAUUCGCCAAUACACUCACGAGGAGAGCGAGUCGGUCGCUCAGCUUGAGAUUGACUUCAAGCUAGUUCGCGUCGACCCCCAACGCUUGGUUACAGAAGGAGCAUACUUAUUCCAGACGGCCAGGGCUGCCAACGUGUUCGCCGGAUCUUCCUUCGGCCAGGCACAGGCCCCAAUCAAGGACCCCAGCCUUGUCAUCCAAAACGAGGAUAUGCUUACGAAGUUGUUCUACAAAGACGUCCUUAGUGGAGUAGCAACAGCUUUUCACGAGCUCCCCCGAUGGGAAGAUGAUGGUCAAGCCUACUACCCGGAAGACGUCCAGACACUUACAGAGAGAACUUACACGUUCAUUGCGCCGGCUAGGCAAGACACCAAAAAGAGAAAGAAGCAGGUUCAGGCGGGAGCGAACAUGAAGUACACGUUCCGGUGCGAUGCAGAGUUCCACAAGGGGGCUCCAAGAGGAUACACUAUUGAUGAGCAGAAAACCAAAACCAUAUUCAACAUGGAGGCGAAGAAGCCCUUCGUGAUUCCGAUUGAAGCCUGGUAUCAAUCAUCAAUCGAUGCGAGCCAUGCCGAGGGAGGCGGCGGGUCCAUCGCAUCUCACAGCAAUGUCCCACAGCCUCCACCCCCAAACGACGAUCUGGGAAUGCCUGACUUCGGCGACGGCGGUUACGACGACGUGGCACCGGCCUUUGGUCAAGACCAGGAGGUCCCUCAUCCCUCACCCGCGGGCCUCGGCUACAAGAUCGACAUCAAUGUGGAAAGAUGCGUCAAGCAGAUCGCUUCUUACUGCAAGCGUUCGAGGAGCCGCCGGGGCGCCAUCUUUACCGGAGAGUACAUUGUAGUGUGCUUCUUUAAGAACAUGAGAGUCAUGGAUACGGUUGUUCAGCAGAUGGAGGAAGGACUAGGUGACAUCUGUCAGAUGUCCAUAGUCCCUAACUCCGGAGACUGGAGAGCAGUCGUUGCAGCCUGCAUUCAUCGUGGCUACGAAGAUUUCAAGCUUGAUUACUAUGGCAGAUGGCGACCGACAUGGUAG